GUGGUUGCGCGCUCCUGAGAAGCCGGAGCCUGCUAAGGAGAGGGGCUGGGGCCGCCCGAGCUUGCGCGCGCGUUCCUGAAAGCCCGAGUGCGCGCUGAGGGCGGGGAGGGGGAGAGAAGGAAAGGGAGGGGGAGAGAAGUGAAGGGAGGGGGAGAGGAGCUGCUGGUGCAGCUGGGGGGAAGCGCUCUCUCCGCUUGUCACCGCCGCUCCGGCCGCCGCGGCCCCCGUGGAUGGAGGUGUCCGGCUGAGCCCCGGGAUCCGCCUCCCUCCGCCAGGAGCCUCACAGAUAAGGUCAACGUGGAAGUUGCUCUUGGUCCAAACCUGCACAAAAUGGAGGCCCCGUUGGUGAGCCUAGAUGAAGAAUUUGAGGACUUGCGACCCUGCUAUACAGAGGACAGGGAUGAGAAACCUCGAUGUUUCUACGGCUCAUCUCCCCACCACCUAGAAGACCCCUCUCUCUCUGAGCUUGAGAAUUUCUCCUCUGAAAUUAUUAGCUUCAAGUCUAUGGAGGAUCUUGUGAAUGAGUUUGAUGAGAAGCUCAAUGUCUGCUUUCGAAACUAUAAUGCCAAGACUGAGAACCUGGCCCCUGUGAAGAACCAAUUGCAGAUCCAGGAGGAGGAAGAGAAUCUGCAGGAUGAAGAAGUUUGGGAUGCUCUGACGGACAAUUACAUCCCUUCACUUGGGGAAGACUGGAGGGACCCAAACAUCGAGGCUCUGAAUGGCAACAUCUCAGACACUGAGAUCCAUGAGAAGGAAGAGGAAGAGUUCAAUGAGAAGAGUGAAAAUGACUCUGGUAUUAAUGAGGAACCUCUACUCACAGCAGAUCAGGUAAUUGAAGAGAUUGAGGAGAUGAUGCAGAACUCCCCAGACCCUGAGGAUGAAGAGGAGGUUUUGGAGGAGGAGGAUGGAGGGGAAACUUCAUCCCAGGCAGAUUCCAUCCUCUUGCAAGAGAUGCAAGCAUUGACACAGACCUUCAACAACAACUGGUCUCAUGAAGGACUGAGACAUAUGUCAGGGUCGGAGCUGGGUGAGCUGUUGGAUCGGGUAGAAGGUGCUAUCCGAGAUUACUCCGAGGAACUGGUACAACAGCUUGCCAGGCGUGAUGAGCUGGAGUUUGAGAAGGAAGUGAAGAAUUCCUUUAUCACCGUGCUUAUUGAGGUCCAGAACAAACAGAAAGAGCAGAGAGAGCUGAUGAAGAAGAGACGGAAAGAGAAAGGGUUGAGCCUGCAAAGUAGCCGAAUAGAGAAAGGAAACCAGAUGCCCCUCAAGCGCUUCAGCAUGGAGGGUAUCUCCAACAUCCUGCAGACUGGUAUUCGGCAGACCUUUGGCAACUCAGGAACUGAUAAACAGUAUCUGAACACAGUCAUCCCCUAUGAAAAGAAGGCCUCACCUCCAUCAGUGGAAGAUCUGCAGAUGCUGACAAACAUUCUCUUUGCCAUGAAGGAAGAUAAUGAGAAGGUGCCUACAUUGCUGACGGACUACAUUUUAAAAGUGCUCUGUCCUACUUAACCUUGCCCUUUGGAGCACUCCAGCUGCAGGAGGUAGCUGGGCAAGAGUCAUUCCAUCGCAGGGACUGCAUGACACCAUGUAACCUCCGACGUGUAUUUCAAUGUGUAUAGCAUAACCUGGAUUAAACAUGAGCAAAUGCGGGAUCCUUUGCUGUUGGCUUCUAGUCCUAGUAAUCAUUGGAUGCAUGAAUGAGGGGCAGGGCUAGUGACGUCUAUUCCUCUCUGCCUGGGUCGGAGGAAGACAGAUGCUUUUACCACUGACUAUGUAUUCUGGCUCCAGCCCUCAAAACACAGCUUACACUACGAGACUAAUUUUGAAAUAAACACUCAUUUAAUUAA